AUGAUUUCAACAAUCGGCACAACAACAAUUCAAGCCGCGAACGGCGGGACUCUGUCCACAACAACAGCACCAAACUCGUUAGUCAUGAAUCCAACAUCUAUGUUAGUAGAGAUGAAAAACUUCAUUCCUUCUUCAUAUAGUUUUGGAACAGAAAUACAAAGAAUAAAGCAAGAACUUUUAACAAGUAAUUUAGACUGUACCGCACAGGAUGAAGAAAAUGAAGAAUAUCUUUAUGACAUGCAGGACAUUAUUGACCAUUUACCCAAAUUGCCUGAAAUCCAGCAACAAAAGCUCACUAUUCCUGAAUUCGAUGAAAUAGAAGUUAAAGUUAGUGAUUCUGCAGAAAUAAAGAAGUUCAUACGAAAGGUAAAUUAUGAGUUUCUAGGAUAUCAUUGCAACCAUAAAGUUAUGGACAAAGAUUGCGACAUGGUAUAUAAGAACAUCUCUGACAUAUAUAAAUCGGGGGAGUUUAAGACAUACGACAACUUUGUUUCAUUAGUUGCAAAAUGUGUAUGGCAGAUAAGAGAUAAAGAUAGAAGAGGUAAGGUAUGGCAUGAACAGAUAAAACCAACUGCUUCAGAUUUAAAGAAAACCAUUAACGCCUUAGUUGUUUUAGCAGGUAAGGUUUCAGAAUAUAACGCAAAAAUGAACCCGCAAUGUUCUAAAUGUAAAGCAGCAAUGAGGAAAUAUAACUAUUCAGUAAAAGAGAUAGAACGUAUGCGAAACGACUAUGCAGA